AAAAUUUUUAAUGUAGAUGUAAAGUUAGGUUAGAGGGCGCAUUCAGUCAAGUUUGAAACUUACCAUGAAGUUGGCCGUCUUUGAAAACUUGACCUAUCAAAAGAAAGGAAGCGAAUUCGUUAUUUUGAAAGUUGUGAGGCUGACGAGAACAACGUCUUUGUUAGUAAUUUCAAUACUUUGUAACGUAAAUGUUUGUUAGUAUUGUAAAUAUUGUUAUUCAUCUGAUAGGCUAAAAUUAUUUAAAAGCAGUACGUUACUUCUAUUAUUGAAAAGCACGACAUUUGUUUCAAUAAGGUGUCUCUAAAGUGUAGAUUGAAGAGUUCCUUCGUCCCUUCAGAGUCCCAUUCAGAAAUAUAAUAUUUCAGCAAUGCUGAAGAAUCAAGCGACUGCAAAUGAUCAAACACGGAAAACGGUCUCGCAAAUGGAAAAUAAUCUCAAGCAAUUAAAAAUAUCAAAAGUUAAUCCUAUAUUGAGUGAAAAUAUACCUAAGAAUUCAGGAAGUGUAAAGACUACAAGAAAUCAGUGGAAUAACUGUGUAACAGAUAUUCAGCAAAGCAAUGAAUGCAGUUCCAAAAAGUCUACAGAAUUGAUGCCACCACCCAAAUUACCUCUGUCAUCUAAAACAACAGAAUCUACACAGAAUAAGAUUGCUUCAACAAAUGAAAAAGAAAAUAUAAAUGAUUAUAAAUUAGAGACUAUGAAAAAUGAAGAAAGAACCAAUACUAAGAGUAAAAAUCAAAGUGACAAAAAAUGGGUGUUAACAGAUUUCGAUAUUGGACGCCCUUUGGGUAAAGGAAAAUUUGGAAAUGUUUACCUAGCUAGAGAAAAGAAGUCAAGAUUCAUUAUUGCCAUGAAAGUGCUAUUUAAAGCUCAAAUACAAAAGGCUGAUGUGGAACAUCAAGUUAGAAGGGAAAUAGAAAUCCAAACACACUUGAGACAUCCAAACAUUUUGAAAAUGUAUGGCUACUUCCAUGAUGACAAAAGGGUAUAUUUAAUUCUGGAAUAUGCUCCGAAUGGAGAAUUAUUCAAGGAAUUAAAUGCUCAACCAAAUAAGCGUUUUGAUGAUGUUAGAACAGCAACAUAUGUAUCACAACUAGCAGAUGCUCUGAAGUAUUGUCAUAGUAAAAAGGUGAUACAUCGUGAUAUCAAGCCUGAAAAUUUAUUACUUGGAAUGAAGGGUGAAUUGAAAAUGGCAGAUUUUGGUUGGUCUGUCCAUGCCCCUUCUUCGAGAAGGAAUACUUUAUGUGGCACACUAGAUUAUUUGCCACCAGAAAUGGUUGCUGGAAAGACGCACGAUCAUACUGUAGACUUAUGGGGACUCGGUGUUUUCUGUUAUGAAUGUUUAGUUGGGACUCCCCCAUUUUUGGCUAAAACUUAUGAUGAGACAUACAUGAAAAUCAAAAAGGCUCGCUACAGAUUUCCAGAGUAUGUUAGCGAAGGUGCUAGAGAUUUAAUAUCUAAGUUGUUAGUAGUUGAUCCAGUUCAUAGAUUACCUCUAGAAGAUGUCUUGAAUCAUUCUUGGGUGGUGCAAAAUCGUACGACAGAACCACAUAAUAUACAAUAAUACUAUUGCAUAUAAAUUAAUAGGUUUUAUAUCAUUUAACAAUGCAGCUGCAUUUCAUAGCAAGAACUAUGCAAUGAACUCAUCGUUUUAUAAUUGAACUUACUCUCACAAUUAUGAAACAAACCAUGUUUGGGAAAUAAAUAUAAAUACUGUCUUAGAUAUUUGCUCACAUUUUUAAUGUUAUGUAUCUCAUACUAAAUAUAUAAAAUUAAUGCCUACAUGUUUUGAUAGUAGAUCAUGUAUUUUCUUCGGAUUUGUAUUAAAAUCGUCUGAUGACUGAUAUCUUCUAAAAUACAAUAUUUAUGUGAUUAACUGUUGAAACUUUAUAUUCCAAGUAGGAUAUAUUAUAAUAUAUUUAAUUAUCACAAAUUAAUAUAUUAAUUCGGAUUGGGAAAUAACUGGAGAAUGAAUUCCAUACAAAUAAAUCAUAAUUUAGAACAAAGGAAUAGAAUAAGAAAAUGUAUACAUAUUAAGAAUUUUAUUAUGAAUAAAGCGUUUAUAAAUAAAAUUUUCUACCAAUUUGUACGUAGAAUUUAGAUCACUGUCCUUUCUGCAGAUAAAUAAAAAUUAAAUAUAUGUAUAGUUGUAAUAAAAUUAAAAUAAUAAAUAUAUCCAUUAAGAAAAAGUAAUAUUUCACAUAAUUGUGAA